AGCAGACGGCAACAGUCGGGUUCAUAUGCACCAGUCGCUAGCGACGCGUCCCGGGCGCUGUUCGCUACGAUGGUGUUUUUUAAAAUGUGUUAUGGCCUCCCAGGGCUUUUUAUCGGUAUAUUAACAGUUUUUUCAUUAUGUAUAAAUCUCACUAUAUGUCAGGAAAACUUCGCGACAAGAAUGCGUGUUAUAAGUGAAGAUUUAGAUCAACAACUACACGAAAUGAUGGAUUCACAAGCAGUGACUUAUUCUAGUGUAAAUAUUACUGGAUUACCAUACAAUGCAUCAACAAAAUUUUACCCCACGGGCAUGGUGCAACUCUACAAUAUGACAAACAUGUUCAUAAAUUUUGUGCAGAAGAAGCAAGCUUAUCCAGAAGGACUCAUUACGACAGUAAAUGGUGAAUUUAAGUUGGCUGAUCCUGCGAAAGAGUGGAAAAUUAUUGUAACUCAUUAUGGAGGAUUGGCUGGACUUGCUCUGGCGGGUCUUCUUCUCGCUGCAAUACUUCCAUGUGUCGGAUUAUUUUUCUGCUGCUGCCGAUGUGCUGGUAAUUGUGGUGCUAGAAGCGAACCAUUCGAUAAAAAACAUGAUCAUUGCAGAAAAAUUAUGCUCAGCACUAUCCUGAUUUGCGUUGCCACAGUAAUUUUAUUUGGUGUCGUUUGUGCAUUUGUAACAAAUGAAUAUAUGCAUGAUGGUACUAAACAGUUGCCAGAGAACAUGAAAGUCAGUCUUAAGGAUCUUAGACUUUAUUUGAUGACUACGAAAAAACAAAUUGAGACUCUUCUAAUAAGCAACUUUCAUGAAUUGGAAAUCACGUUGAAUAACAUUCUUCAACAAAGUGGAAGAAUUGUUACUGAAAGACUCGCUGAAUAUUCUCAUGCUGUUUCUCUUAUGAAUUUGAAUGACAUCGUUGCAGGACUCGAUGCAAUCAGAAAGGAUCUCAGAAUGAUGAACAAAAUUACUCAAGAUCUGAGGGUCAAUGCCUCUGAACUUGACAUUGUUGUUCGUGGAGUGAGAAGGAAUCUGCAAGAUACGUUAUCAUCUUGCAAUACAAACGCCUGUAAAGAAGUUUUGCACCAAUAUAAAGUGAGCGAAAUGUCCGUUCAAGUCGACUUUGAUAAGUACAUGGAUCGAUAUUUUCCUAAGCUUCCUGAUGUAAAUGGAGCUCUUGACAACAUUACCCAUUUAAUGGAGGACAAUAUAGUUUCCGAAGUAAGUCAGGGAAGAGACUCAUUUCUCAGAAUUCAAAAGGAUAUUCAACACGCAGUUAAUGAAACAAUUCCAGUUGUUAGUUCAAGCAUCAGAAGAGCUGGCGAUGCUCUUGAAAGUGCAGCUAGAAAUAUAACUAAUCUUAUUGAUAGUUUCAUAUUUGAAAUUACAAAAUAUCACAUUCCUGGUUUUGACCGAGCUAAAAGUUACAUUGAUCAAUACUCACCUUACAGAUAUUAUCUUGGCCUUGGAAUAUCAGGAAUAUUACUCACAGUUUUAAUGUGCAUAAUCUUCGGACUUUUCUGUGGUAUUUGCGGAAAACGACCAGAUGGUUAUGGAGAUGAUUGCUGCGAUAAAGGAUCCGGUGCACGAUUUUUAAUGAUGGCUGUUUGGAUUAUCUUCUUGCUAACGAGUAUUUUAAUGAUCGUGACUGUUGCUCAUAUGAUCACAGGCGUUGCUGCACAAAGAGGAAUUUGUGAACCUCUAAAAAAUCCCAAGGACAAUAGAAUGUUCAAACUCUUAGAUGAUUUCGUACAAAUUAAACGUCUCUUGUAUCCGAAAAAUCAUAAUGCCAAUAUCAAUAUGAGUUACAUUUUAUCGGCUUGUCAUGCAAAUAAAACUCUGUAUAAGGUUCUUUUAUUUGAGAACAUAAUCGAUGUGAAAACAUUGCGUAAUUAUGUUGAACGCUAUGAUAUCAACAACACGAUUCAGGAGCUGAGACAGAAGAUAAUAUUCUCACCGGGAAUAGUAAUUUUUAGUGAAAGAGCCCGAGGAAAAUUAAAUGACUUGGCACAGAGUGGACUGAGUGACAUUAAAUUCUAUCAAUAUGCUGAGGUUCUUAGGGAAAAUAUCACGAACAUUAAUCUUCGACAUCUUGCAACGAAAUUACGAGAAGUUGCUAAUCAACUACCUUAUAGUUAUAAAGAUACUAAGGACAGUUUGGAAAAGAAUGCACACGACUUGGAUCAUUAUCAUAGAGACUUGGUGAUGCCAAUGGCAACAUUGGGCGAACAACUCAGCGAAAGUGCUUUAACUCUUCAGGAACACAUUAAAUUCAAUCACAGCUCAAUGAGUGAGGCUAUUCACGUUUUAAUAAAUGAAGUUACAGAGGCGCAAGAUUUUCUCAAUAAAGAAGGUCCCGAAUAUGUUCAAUUGCUGGCAAGUAGAUUCGGAGAAGCAUUUAUUUCUCAGGUCGAUAGUUUUCUGGAACAUGUCAUCAGUAAUGCUUUGAGUAAUGUUGGAAAAUGUGGACCCGUAUCAAAUGCAUACAAUGCUACACUGGUCGCUGGAUGUAAUAAGAUCCUUGAUCCUUUUAACGGUUUCUGGGUGAGUGUAGGAUGGUGCUUGAUCCUGUUUAUACCGACCAUAAUUCUCUGCGUUAAAUUGAGUGCUCUUUAUCAAAAAUCCGAUCCAUAUCCAGGACCCUUGGUUGAGGCUGAAUAUUUGUAUGACGCAUAUGCCGACAGGGAUAACAUACCCCUUGCUCAUGUUCACGAUAAGAAAUAUGUAUCUCACAAUAGACAUCAUCCUUCAUCUUAUCCUGAGAGUUAUGAGGGUCCAGUGAGCAGUUACAGUGAUAGAGAAAAUGAAAGAAUACACGAUGCUCAUCAGGGCUCAUCUCAUAAUGAUUCAAGAUAUGCAGAUGUUGCUCCUAAUUUCGCUCUUCCGUGGCAACGCCACGAAUCAAUCGCGUCCUCUAUAAGUGAAAAUGACAAUAAAGUAUUUAGUAUCACACUUGAUUCGCAGAAUUGGGAUUUUCCAAAUGGAGGUCCACCGAGAUACCAACCACCAGCCGCUGCUCCUCCGCUCAGCAAUGAAUAUGAACGACCUCCACCGUAUUAUUAUCCUGGACCUGGGGAGAGAAAUUAGGAAACAAGUGCCGUGGCAUGCACGAAAGCAGCGCUAAGCAGUGCGGCAAUGCACAGCCUCACGCGAAGCUACAAAAGAACAUUGAAAAGUAAAACAAAAUCUGUCUGUAAACGGGAUUACGUUUAACAUAAAAUUUGAUCCUGAGCGUGCCACGGACCACACCCAGCUACCAAAAUUAUAAUUAAAGACCAAGGUAGACUCAAAUCUGUACGAAUUGACUCAGACAAAUCGACACUUACUUAUAUUGACUUAAAGCCUAAUUGACCACUCUCUAUUUCUUUAGGAAUUGAGUAAAAAUUCCUAAAUUUACAUUUCACAAGUUUUUUUUACUAAUUUUUAAAUCUCUACUUUUGGGAAAAAUAUCUUAAAUUGCUCUUUCGUAUUACGUUUAUUCAAGACUUGAUCACAAUCAAGUGAACAAUUUUUUUCGUAUUAUUUUUCUUGUUUAAAAAACAUGCUAUUGCGGUGCAAUAUUGACUGUUUGUAAAUUUAUUUUGUUUUCAAUUGUCUUCGUUCAUAUUUAUUAAUUUCGUGAUGCUACAAAAGUAUUGUUUUCGCAUUUACAAAUAUUUCACACACAUACACUGCCCAAAAGAAAAUUCCUUGUCUUUUAAUUGGAUUUCUAUUUGCAGUAUUAAAAUAUUCUUCUCUUGCCUAAUUUAUCUACGUAUCUACAAGUGCAUAAGUUUGCUUAGCGGGUGACUGUUUUUUUUGUACAUAAUUAAAAAAAAACUCUGGCGAGGCCAUAGCAAUUUCGAUUGUCAAAAUCCUUAAUGUUUUCUCUUUAAAAAAAUUAUAAAUGUCGUGAGCCAUGAAAGCCAUCAACUCUGAAUAAUCAAGGAAGCACAGCGCCAUAUAUAAAAAUGCCAAAACUGUUCACUUUUUUUCUGUCUUGUGCCUCGCCUUCUCAUAGGAGUUUAGUGAAGUAGGAAACUAAUUUCCAUCCGAGCGCUGUGAUAUAGGAUUUGGGUUCCCUCUUUGUAUUCUAGCGCUUCGGAAAUAAUAAAUUUCACAUGAAAAACGAGGUCAAAUUUAUAAAUACUCUGUGUAUAUGGUUCGUCGUUAAGUAGUCUUUUUACUAUAAUUAUUAAAUUACUGUGUAAUUUAUUAACAUAAGCUAUAUUCGAAUCAUUUUUACAUCAUAUAGAACAAAUAAUUGUUUAAUUUACAAAUUUCUAUACGAUGUAACUGUGAUUAAAGAAAAACAAGUUUCGAAAUCGAUGUAUCUGUCCCCGGGGGCAAUGAUUUCGAUUCUCAAAAGUAAUCGUCAAAAAAGGCAAAAGAACAAUGAAAAAUUGACAUCUGGAGAUUGUAUUCGAAUUUCUAAAAUUAUUAAUUUGCUGAAAAAAUUACGAAAAACCUACGAAAAUCAAAAUAUAAUCGAAAAAAAAAAUUUGUUUACUAAAGAUUGGAAUAAACUUAAAGAAUAUCAAUCUUCAGAUGAUGUAUUUAGAAAAAUGCAUCGAUUAAUGUAGGAUUUAAUUAAUGAUUUAAAAAAAUAUCAAAAGCGCAACAGGUGAUAUGAAAGAAAUCGCUGCUCCCUGGAAGAGCAACGUUAAACGCGGCGAUUAAAGAUUAUUAUUAUUAUCAUUGUCGCAAUUCUUAUAUUGUACUUGUACAGAAUUGAAAAAUUUACCUUAUAUAUGGUGUAGUAAAUCUACACGCCGCCCAUGCUGCCGUAUUUAAGACUCCGUGGCCGGCUGAAAAUUCGUGAAAGUUUCUCAGAAAUUUAUAAUAUCGCAAAACGAGAAGUGCUUUUUGCGAAUUGGAUCCGCGACCCGACAGCAAAUUGCCAAAUGAAACUAUCUUGUUUUAUUCGAUACAAAAGUGAAAGCACAAGACUCGUUAAUACUUUUUCUAAAGAAAGAAAAAGAGCAAAAGAACAAAAUUUUGAAUGAAUGACUAGAUAUAUUUAAUAAGUAAAAAUGAGAGAGAAAAUGAAAAGUUUGAUUGUAACUUUCGACACUUUUCAUCUGUAACUGCAUUUACUCGUUAAGGUAAUGGAAAAUUCAAUUUGAUUCUAGUAUAUUAAUAUUUAAGCAAGUUGUGUGUAUGCAUUUAAAAGAGAACAGAGGAUUUCCAAGUCGGGUGUAAUAAUCGAAUUGUAGGAUGUAUAAAAUAAUUUUAUAAAUGUCUCGUUAGGAGAAAAGAAAAGAUUAAAAAAAAAAAAAAGAAGAAGAAAAAGAGAAUCAGCCCUUAUGAAUUAACAAAAAUGAAAAUUAAACAAUUGUAAUCGAAAAGACACUAUUGUACUGAAAAAAAAGAAUAUUUGGUGCUAUUUUUACAAAGUAGAAUUCCAGGGCGAUGCUCUUUUUCUGUGAUAGGGAUUUACUGGAUCUUUAAAAUAAAAUCCAGUGUUUUUCGAUGUAAAGGAAAAGUCUUUCUAAACGUUCUUUGGCUCCGAUAAUAUAAUGUUGAAUUCGUUGACGUAGUCAAAAAUAACAAUUUAGUUUACACGAGACAUGUCUUAAAAUUGAGUGGUUUCAAUGAUAAAUCUUUGAUACAUUCUUCUGCCUGCUCAAUUAAUUAACAAGAACGUGUGAAAGUCCAAAGACUUUAUUUUCUUUUAUUAUUUACGCUACGUUAAGUCAAUAUCCCUUAAAACAGUAUCAUAUUUUCUCUAUUAUGUCACUGUUUAAAGGGAUAGUCGAUCAAAAAAUUGGAGUUAAAGAGAAAAUCCAAUUGCCAUUGACUGGUUUUUUUUUUCUAAAAUUCAAUUUUGUUACUAUGACAAUGAUUUUUGAUUAUUAUUACAUACUAUUAUUAUUUUAUUAUACAUUAUAAUUACAAUUAUUAUUCUUAGAAACAAAGUGAGUGUAUCGCAAUUUAAAUAAAUAUAUCUAUUUUAUAUUAAAUCUAAA